GAACACACCUACUUACUAAAGUCUCAGCAAGGGGGCGGGACCGACAGACUGUUCACUUCUCCCAAACGGCACAACGGUGCGUGUGUGCGGCAUUCGCUCAGCAUACACAGCUGAGACGCGAAAAUCUCUUCAUUUAUAUUCUUAGUCAAAAAUCAAUUUAAUGUGAAGGAAUGUUAUUUGCCAUUCAUGAAUGAUUCGUCUCUAAACGACGCUUCUGGGAGCCUGUAGACGUAAAGAAACCAUAGGUCUUCAGGAGGAAUCUCUUUGUUCAGCAUUUUCUGCAUCAAAAUACAACAAAAUUAAAUGGACAGCAUGGAUAAGGAGAACAAUUCGGACGAGGAAUUUGAAUCACCCGAGGAAGAGGAAGUGGAUCCAAGAAUCCAGAGAGAGCUUGAAAAACUUAACCAGUCCACAGAUGACAUCAAUCGAUGUGAAACUGAGCUUGAGGAUGCCAGGCAGAAGUUUCGCUCCGUGCUGGUUGAAGCUACAAUAAAACUGGAUGAGCUGCUGAAGAAGAUCGGCAAAGCGGUGGAGGAAUCAAAACCAUAUUGGGAGGCCCGGCGGGUAGCGCGACAGGCUCAAUUGGAAGCACAAAGGUCCACGCAGGACUUCCAGAGGGCCACCGAGGUGCUGCGUGCGGCCAAGGAGACUAUCGCCCUGGCAGAACAGAGGCUCCUGGAGGACGACAAGCGGCAGUUCGACUCGGCCUGGCAGGAGAUGCUCAACCACGCCACACAGCGAGUGAUGGAAGCAGAGCAGAUCAAAUCACGCAGUGAGCUGCAGCACAAAGAGACGGCGGCCAAGUACAAUGCCGCCAUGGGCCGUAUGAAACAGCUGGAGAAGAAGUUUAAACGCACCAUCAACAAGUCUAAGCCCUACUUUGAAAUGAAGGCAAAAUAUUACCUGCAGCUUGAGCAACUAAAGAAGAACGUGGAUGACCUGCAGGCCAAGCUCACGCAAGCCAAAGGGGAUUAUAAAUCAGCCCUGAGGAACCUGGAGAUGAUCUCCGAUGAGAUCCACGAGCGCAGACGUUCAUCAGGCAUGGGCCCACGGGAAAGAGGCGUUGGUUCAGAGGGCGAUGGUGUCAUCGCUGAAGAUCUCUCCGGCUUUAAAAUGGAGUCUGACGGAAUAUCAAUGGCAUCUGGGUCCUAUGAGGAUGAAAACUGCAGCUCCAGGGCUAUGUCUGAGGAAGACUCUGAGACUCAGUCCACCGGCAGCUUCAGCUUAGGGAUGAUCAGCCCUCUGGAUUUGCCCUGUCCCUUCUCUUCCUCGUCUUCCUCGUCAUCUGUCUCUCCGUCCUCCUCGUCCCCCGCCCCCUCCUCUCGUCCCUGCAGCCUCGAUCUGCCCGGCACCGUCUCACUGUCUGACUUCAGUCUGAUGUCUCCCAUCCUGGGCCCUCGCAGCGAAUGCAGCGGGGCCUCCUCCCCCGAAUGCGAUCUGGAGAGAGGUGACCGAGCUGAGGGCGCUGAAGCUGUGCUGGACAACAGUGUCAACAACAACAGCAGCACCAAAACGACCUUUGGUCUAAAUAGUCGUUUUCGCCUGCUGACACUAAAACUUAGCCGAACAGAAAGCAAAAAAAACGCUGACCCUCUCAGUCUUACCCAGCAUUCCUCCCCAACCACAGUCGUGCUCGACGGGGUUUGACAGCAGUAGCGGACACCGAUGUAUCCAUCUUCAUAUCGUGCGUGCUUAUGCCACCCAUCAGCUUCUUUGGCAGCGUCACUUCGGUCCUUUUUCUCUCACUGUCCAGAAUGUCCUGCCAACUUUUACUCGAUCUCACGAGUAUUAGGAAAGACUGUGACACGAUGUGCCGAAGAGAAAAAUCAAUCUUUUGGAGAACUGACUUAAAGCACUCUUAAAAGUAUACGCUUUGAAAACGAGUCAGAAGAUCAUGCAAAUGUUAUUAUUUAUUGUGAACACUAUUACAACAUCUCACAUUUCAUAGUCUACAAUAUAACUUUUAAAAAGUGAUGAUUUUGUCUACAGACAUUCCUGUAGUUAGCACUUGUCUUCUUACUGGAGAGCUUUAUGUUUUAAUAUACUGUAGAUCUGUGCACUUUCGUCUGUAAUGUAUAACAGUUUCACGGGACGGUAAUUAUACAGAACCAUUUGUGUGUAUAAUCUUACUGUUCGAGUUAAUGUGUAGCUAGGACACUUGUGCAUGUAUAGGUCGCUGUAGCCUGGAGAUCGUCACAUGCACCCACAUAUCUAAAAGAUGAAAAUAAUGCAAGAAACAUUUGCUUCUUUGCUGCAGCAGGAAAAGAAGCCAACAAGCCGCAUCAUGGGUCACCACCUCAAAGUCUCUUACAAGGCUGGACAUUGUGCAUGCUACCCUGUUUCUCUUCUUGUAUGUAAAAGACCUAGUCCAUAUCUAAUGAAUUGAAGCAAUAUAUGCAGACUCACUCUGUCUUCCGGCUGACAAGAUUUACUGUACCUGCACUGUUAUAAAGGGGAUUGAGGGUUUAUAGUUAAGAUUUCCUGUACAGAUCAGGAUGAUAAGUGUUGUAUGUGUUAUCAAGCUGUUAGGGUACAGUAGCUGCUGGAUUUCACAGGUCUAGGUAGAAGAUAAAUUGGUGUUUUUGUAUGACCUUGUGUCGUUUUUCUUUGUCUUUUCAGAUGGUCUUGUACUGUCUCUCCUGAAUGUUCUGUUCUUUAGUCUGUCGCUAAGGAUAUAAAAGAAACCUCAUACCAGUACCAGUUUAGUCUUUUUGUUGUUUACAAAGCUGGGAAAGUUGUUUUCAAAAAUAAAUAAAAUAUGUAUUGUUACACAA